ACGAAUCGGCAACAUGGCAGCAACGCGUCAUUAGAAUGAUACUAGAAAUAAAAACGACGAAUUACGCAAGUUCGGUGUUAUUGAUAUAUCUUCGAAUGUUUUGAUUUACGAUCAUUUUUUAAUGUACGCAACAUUAAUCGACAAAUGAUGCGAAUAUGCUUAUUUCAAUGUAGCUAUCCUGAAUGGAACCACGGUGACAUUAAUGAAAGCUCAUUGAAAUGUCAUGUACUAUUUUAUAUGCACGAUCGAGGAAGUUCACCGUGUCAUUUUUUUAAUUCAGUGCUUGGUAUCAUCUUCAAAAGGAAUCCACACAUAAUUUUCGCCUGCCAUAGGAAGAGGCUUGCGUCAGGUUUUGAAACAUUAUUUCUACGUCUGAAUCCUAUAUCGCGUCGCUUAUCAUGUUUCGUUGUGACGUAAACAAUGUUCCAAUUUUUUAAAAAGCCUGGACAAAAAGACAGGCCCAGAUCUUUACAAACUUCUCCCAUAAAAUCAACAAGCUCUGGGAAAUUAUUUGGAGAUGUAUUCAAUAGUGGUUCAUCAAUCCAAACACCAACAGGUAUAUUGUGCAGCCUUGAGGAGGAAGAGGAAGAAGAAAUUCUUAAUGGUGAAACAAAAGAAGCAUGUUCCUUCAACUCUCAGCUUUCUAAGACACUUCCACAAAUACUUGCGGACAAAGGUGCUCUAGGUUAUUUCAUUCAGUUUAUGGAAACACAGAACUGUAUAGCACUUAUUAAGUUUUGGCUGGAAGUGGAAUGCCUGUGUAGUUCAUUUAAUGUAUUGGAAACUAAAAUGAGAAAUGUUGAAUGUUUAAGUUGUGUUACGAAUACGAAUAAUAUUUCAAAUUCAGUAGACAACAAUGAAAAUUUUCAGUGUGAUAUGACACAAAAUAAUAUAAAUAAUCAUGAUAGUGGGAAUCUAUUAUUUAAUGAAUAUGUAAAUAAUGAUGAUAUGAAAUCAAAUUGCAAUGACAUGCCAAAGACUAGCCAAACAUUAAGCAAAAUGCGACAAUCAAAUCACAGCUGCAGGGGAAAAGAUAUGAUUACUAUAAAACAAGAUGCACUAAGAAUUCAUAAAAGGUAUAUUACUAAAGAUACUUUGGGUAUAAAUCAAAUCCCUGAGGAUCUAAAGAUAAAAAUGGAAAACGUUCUUAUCUGUGAAAACAUUGAGCCUAUGUUGCAAUGCCUAUCAGCUGUUCAAAAGAUUGUAUAUCAGAUAUUAGAAAAUGAACAUAUUAAUGACUUCUUAAGAAGUGAAUUUCACUGCAAACAUCAGAUUGAUGUUCUUACAAGUGGUAAUGUACAGAUAGCAGAUAUAUUAUACAAUGAAACUGCAUUUUUUUAUUUCAUGGAAUUUAUGGAACUUGAGAAUAAACGUGAAUUAUUAGAUUUUUGGAUGUCUGCCAUGAGUUAUAAACAAAAUUUAUUAGAAAAGAAAGAUGCUGCAGAUCCCGAGGAAGCACAAACUGAUGCUCUAAUUAUUUAUGACAAAUAUUUUAGUUUACAAGCGACGAUGCCCCUUGGUUUUAGCGAUAAAAUUCGUUUCCAAGUUGAGCAGAAUAUUUGCCGCGAAGAUGGAGCGGGGCCACAACCCGAUUGUUUCGAUAAACCUUGUAAAAUUGUAUAUAAUUUCUUAAAUAAGUAUUAUCUACCGACUUUCUUAUCAUCUCAGUUAUAUUACAAAUACUUAUCAGAAUUGAUCAGUACUAUACAAAGCAGCCCAUGUUCAAAUAUACAUACUAGGCUAAAAAGAGCAGGUUCCGAUUGUAGUAGUGAAGUCAGUUCUGUUAGUAUUAAUAUGCAUAGUUCCCUGCAGGCAGGGAAUGAAGGAAAUAGAUUGAACAACAAUAACACAAAUAUUACCAGUGGUAUGAAUAUUGACACCAGACAACUUUAUGAUCCAGAUUCGUUAUGGAAACGUAACAAAUAUAAUUUGAGCGUUGGCUAUAUUGAUGAUUUAGGCAGAUUUAUUACCGAAAUAGAACCCGAUCCUCAAAGAAAAUAUGAGUCGCGAUUAACACGUGCUGUAAAAAGAUUUGUAAAUAUGGAGCAAGAUAAGGCUAAAGAAGAGUUAGCAUGGAAAAUUGCUGAGAUGAUCGUUCGUGAGAUCACCUCUUUGACUCUAGGAGCUUCAAAUUUUUCAUCUUGAUGGCAAAUCCUACCUUCAACACAAAUUUGUUCUUUUGCUUACAUAAUAUACUUUGCACUUUAA